UCUGAAAAGUUUCCAACAUGGCGGACGAUAGUGCAAGUUCUGGUGAUGCAGCUGGAGAGACGUGGAUUCCAGCUUCUAGAAGACCUGAUGGCACAUGGCGUAAGGCUCGUAGAGUGAAGGAGGGUUAUGUCCCACCAGAUGAAGUGGCAAAGUACGAAAGUAAAGGAAAACAAUGGGCCAAUAGUUUUUCGAAAUUACCGCCUGGUGUACACGAGGAAGAAAACAAACAGCUCACGAAAAACCAGAAAAAACGUAAGAAUAAAAAGAAAGAGGAGAGUGAACAUCAAAGAUGUGAAGUCGAGGAAGUUACGGAAAAAUUGCAAAGUGCUACAGUUUCUAGAACCGCGACUGCAGCGGGCACAGUAUACACUAGCAACCCGGACGAUCUAAAAUUAAAACGUGUCAAGAAUCUCAGAAAGAAAUUGCGACAGAUUGAAGAAUUACAAGAAAAAAUUGACUCAGGAGAGGUAGUAAAUCCAGAAGCUACACAGUUAGAAAAGCUUUCGAGAAGGGAAGAGAUUGAAAAGGAACUUGCAGAGUUAGAACAGGAAGCAUGAGACACUGAAUGUUUUGAUAGCACCACAAUAAGACUAGCUUCAAAGAAGAUUUGCUACUGUUUUAUUACUGUUUGAAAUCAAAUUAAAAUGCUUAGAGUUUUAUUUUC